AACCGAUUUGGAAAAGUGAAAAAAGAUCCUCUGUCGGAGCGGAAGAAGCAGGGUCCGGCCAAGAGCACCAUCAAGGAGACAGCCUUCAUGCCCACUCACUCCCUGAAAACCACCCUGUCCCCACCAGGGCCCUGCUUAAGCGCCCCAGGCAUGCCCUGUGCCCCCUCUCUGAUGCUGCUGCUACUGGGCUACUCCUUCUCCAGGCCCCGAGUUCUCUGCUCCAGGGAUCCAGGCCAGGGACUCUGCGCAGCCUGUGUCCCCGGGGAUCUCGGGUGCCCGGAGGUUCCUCAAGAGGACGCCGGGUCACCACAGAAGACAAAAAUGGUCUCAGUGACCUUUGAGGAUGUGGCUGUGAACUUCAACCAGGAGGAGUGGGCUUUGCUGGAUUUUUCCCAGAAGAACCUUUACAGAGAUGUGAUGCUGGAAGUCCUCAGAUACCUGAUUUCUAUAGGAAACAAAUGGGAAGACAAGACCAUUGAAGAUCAGAUCGAACAUUCUGGGAGCAUUCUAAGGCACGUCGCAUGUCACUCUGGACAUGAACCCUACAAGCAUGAGGAAUGUGAAGAGAAGCCAUGUGAAUUGAAGCAUUACAGGAAAUCUGUGGUAACUCCCAAAAGCGUUCACACACAAAUUUUAACAGAAACUGGAGAUGGACCUUAUGAAAAUAGA